GCGUGGUCUCUCCAAUAAGGCAAUAUCCAUCUCUCUCUCUCUCUCUCUCUCUCUCAGAUCGCGGUUUCCGCGACCCAAAUCUCUCAGAAAUCCAUUGCUUUUCGUCUUUCGUGUCCUUUCCCGUUCUCUCGGUCGCCCGAUUUGAUUCGAUAGGUCGUCGUUCAGUCGUUGAUGCCCGCUGUGAGAAUUAGGGUUUCGGCGUUUUUGAUCGGUGGAUGAGCGUGACCGCGGCGGAUCUAGGGUUUCCCGGAUCGGUGUUGCGGUAGAAGGUCGGUGCCUAGGGGUUUAUUGGUUCCGUCAUCGGGAACAAGGGGAUUAGUCCAAAGGUGGGGAAUUGAUGUGUCUCGCACGGGGAGGACGAGGGAUCGGAACCAACAACGGCGGGGAAGAUGCAAGGCUAUGCAUGGGCGGCAAGGUGAAGAGAGGAAACGGAGGCAGCACAUGUGGUCGGUCCCUGCGCCCGGUACAGCAGCAGCAGUAGAGAAACCGGCUGUGAUUCUACAGCCACCAUCUCCGGCGGCCAAUUUGGUCCAGACCUCUGCAGAUUCAUUCUUGAAGCAGGACGGCCGGAAAAUUCAAGUGGGUGACUGUGCACUUUUCCAGGCUGGCAAUGCCCCACCUUUUAUUGGAAUAAUACGGUGGUUUUCGACUGACAAAGAGGCUCAUCUCAAAUUAUGUGUAAAUUGGCUUUACCGACCUGCUGACGUAAAGCUUGCAAAAGGCAUUUUACCAGAAGCAGCUCCCAACGAAGUCUUUUACUCGUUCCACAAGGACGUAAUAUCGGCUGCUUCUUUGCUUCAUCCUUGUAAAGUAGCAUUUCUCCGCAAGGGUGUUGACCUGCCAUUGGGAAUAUCUUCAUUUGUGUGUAGGAGAGUAUAUGACAUAGCUAAUAAGUGUUUAUGGUGGCUAACAGAUCAGGAUUAUAUAAAUGAACAUCAGGAAGAAGUAGAUCAACUAUUGGAUAAGACUCGGCUAGAAAUGCAUGCUGCAGUGCAGUCUGGGGGACGCUCUCCAAAGCGAUUGAAUGGUCCAGCAUCGGCGGAGCAGUUAAAAUCUGGUUCAGAUAGUGUACAGAACAGUGGGACUUCCUUUUCUUCUCAACUCAAGGGUAAGAAGAGGGACAGGGGUGACCAUGUAACCGACCCUAACAAGCGAGAUCGGGCUUCGAAAGCCGAUGAUGGUGAUUCUACUGGUUGCAACUUUGACAACAACAUGUUUAAGUCUGAGAUCUCUAAAAUAACAGAUAAAGGGGCCCUUACAAGUACUGAUGGGGUUGAGAAGCUGGUUCAACUGAUGCAAGUUGAUAAUAGUAAGAAAAUAGAUUUAACUUGUCGGGUUCUAUUAGCAGAUGUGAUUGCAGCUACAGAUAGGGUAGACUGCCUGAACAAGUUUGUACAGAUCAGGGGCGUGCCUGUUUUGGAUGAAUGGCUUCAAGAGGCUCACAAAGGGAAAGCUGGUGAUAGGAAUAGUCCCAAAGAGAGUGAUAAAGCUGUGGAAGAGCUUCUGUUGGCUUUGCUUCGUGCGCUAGAUAAGUUGCCUGUCAAUCUUAAUGCCCUCCAGACUUGUAAUAUUGGAAAGUCUGUAAAUCAUUUGCGCAGUCAUAAGAACGUGGAGAUUCAGAAGAAAGCUAGAAGUCUCGUGGACACAUGGAAGAAAAGAGUUGAUGCGGAAAUGAAGACUAAUGAUGCAAAACCUGUUGGAUCUGGCCAAGCCAUGGCAUGGCCGGUCAAACAGGGUUUCUCUGAGGUUUCACAUGUAGGAAACAGGCGAACUGGAUCGGGUGAUUUAUCGUUGAAAAGUUCAAUAACUCAGCAAUCCACAUCAAAGAGCUUAGCUGGGAAGUCUGUUCAUGCAGAUACUGUGAAGUCGACAGCUGUUAUUGUGGGAUCUGGGAAACAGCAAGCAUCUUCUUUGUCAUCUGGAAUAAUUAACUCAAAGGAGGUGCUUUCAAAAGUUGCUGUUGGCAGCGGGAUUUCUGAUCUGCCACAGAUUGUAGUGAAGGAGGAAAAGAGCAGCAGUUCAAGCCAGUCUUGCUCGAGUGAUCAUGGGAAGACUGUUGGCUCUUCCUUGAAGGAAGAUGCUAGGAGCUCUACUGCAGGAUCAGUGAAUGCCAAUAAGACCUCUGGCGGUUCAUCACGCCAACGAAAGUCUAACAAUGGUUUUAUAGCUAGCAAUAUAUCUGGGGGGCACAAGGAUUCUAAUGCAAGCAAAUCAGUCUUACUUGUCAGGAAUUCGACGAGUGAGAAGUUAAGUCAGGCUGGGAUAAAUUAUGAGAAAACAACGGAUGCGUCUGCUUCAGACCAUGGAAGUAAUCAUAGAUUGAUUGUUAGGCUUCCUAAUCCUGGUCGCAGCCCUGCAAGAAGCACCAGCGGAGGCUCCUUGGAAGACCCUUCAGCUGGUAGCAGAGCAUCAUCUCCUGGUGUCCCAGAUAAACCUGAGCGUGGAGAUCGGAAGGUGAAUGGAAGGGAUGAUGUUGUUAGAACUUAUACUCCUGCAGAUUUCAAUGGAGAAUCAUGGCAAAGCAAUGAUGUUAAGGAGGGAUUAGUCGCAUGUGAUGAGGGUGAUAGAUCACCUGCUAUUAUACCUAAUGAAGAAGUAAGAACGGCUGAUGAAACUCUGAGGGCUAUAGAAAUUUCUAGAACUGCCUGUUCAUCAUCAGGUAAUGAUAAGGGUGUCAAUGUUAGUGAACCCAAGAUGAGGAAUUCUUUUAGCUCCAUGAAUGCGUUGAUUGAAAGUUGUGCUAAAUAUUCUGAGGCUACUACACCUUUAUCAGGAGGAGAUGAUAUAGGCAUGAAUUUACUUGCGAGUGUGGCUGCAGGAGAAAUUUCCAAAUCUGAUAUAGUUUCACCCCCUCCAUCUCCAGGAGGUUCUCCUGCAACUGAGGGCCCUUGCAGUGGCAUAAAUGAGGCUAAGUCUAGGUUUUCUGCUGGCGAUUCUGGGUUUCGAAAUCUUGGCCCUUACGAUGAAAAUACUGAUUUCAACUCUGAGAAGCAUGGAAAGAAUAAUAUUCCCUUGUUUCCUAAGGAUGAGAUACAAGAGGUGGGUGUGAACUUCCCAUGUGAUAACAUUGGUGCCACCCCUGUGUUAGAAGACAGAACUCAACAAAAUGGGCUUCUUCCUGAUAUAAAAGAAAAGCGGGAGGAGGAUGAACAUCAGAACCAGGAUGAUCGGAGGAUUGGUGGGCAGGUUGCAGAUGUUCUUACAGAUUGCAAUUCUGAGGUAAGGAGCCCAACAGAUCAAAUCAAAACCAGCUGCUCUGUUCAUGAAACGAUUGUAGAAGGAAGCAAGUUCACAUCUGAUUCUAUUCGCAAAUCUUUGCCUCACGGGAUUGACUCUGAGGGUUCUGCAUCUUGUAAAAAUAUUGAUAAAUUAGUGAUUGGGGAUUCAUCAACAGCUCAUCCUUUUGAGGAGAGUGUUCAGGUUACUGCCACAUUAACCGGACAAAAACCACUUUCUGUUAAUGAAACCGAAACAGUGGUGGAAAGAAAGGGGGUUGAUGGACCUGCUUCCUCUCUUAUUGAUAAGCUUCCAUGCCCAGAAAAUGCUGAUUCAACAAAAAGUAAGAUGAUUGAUAGCUCAGAUGGUCGAUGCCAAGACCAGACUGAAAGGAAUGGAUCAACCAUCCCUGCCACAAGCAACAAAGCAUAUCUUGCAUCAGUUUCCAGCACUCAUGGCAAGCCCAAUGGUGCAGAGACCGUAGGUUCGGGUGAUCGUGAUCAAAUGCCCACUGUACAUAGGGAAGCUGAGGCAUCUGCUAAAAUAUCUGCCGCUGAUGGAGAAAGAAAGGAGGAAGUUUCAGCUGACAUUUUGUCAUUUGCUACCACUACCGAGCAAGAUGCCGGGGCUAAGCUUGACUUUGACUUAAAUGAAGGUAUACUUGGAGAUGAUGUGAAUCAGGUUGAGCCAAUUUCAGCAGCUGCACCUGUUUACUCGCCUGCAAUAAGAAUCUCAAGUUUCUCAUCUCUUUCAUCUUCUUCGCCCAUUCUAAACGGAUCGCCAGCUCCCAUAACUGUUGCUGCUCCAGCGAAAGGAUCUUUUAUGCCUCCUGAAAAUUUGUUGAAGAGUAAGGGUGAACUGGGAUGGAAAGGCUCUGCUGCUACUAGUGCAUUUCGCCCUGCAGAGCCUAGAAAGGUUUUGGAGAUGCCGCUCAAUACUUCUGAUGUGCAGUCAUCGGACUCUACCACGACAAAGCAGGGACGUCCUCCAUUGGAAAUUGAUCUCAACGUUCCUGAUGACAGAUCUUUGGAAGAUGUAGCUUCUCAGAGCUCUGCUCAGACAACAGGUUCUGAGUCAGGUGUGAUUAGUAACCGUGAUUUACCUGCAAAAGCUGGUGGAGGACUUGAUCUUGAUUUGAACAGAGUUGAUGAAGGUGCAGAAAAUGGUCAGUUCUUGGCCAGCACCAACCAUCGAUUGGAAGUACCACUGUUGCCCACAAAGCCAGCGGCAAAUGGAUUCCCUAAUGGUGAGGUCUAUAUGUUAAGGGACUUUGAUCUUAACAAUGGACCUGGCAUUGAUGAUGUCGUUACAGAGCCACUUCCAAGAAGCCAAAAUAUGAAGAACAGUAAUAAUAUACCAUUUGUUCCUCCUAUUGUUGGUCUCAGAAUGAAUAAUGCUGAACUGGGAACUGGCUGGUUUCCAGCUGGUAACUCCUACCCGGCGGUUACUAUUCCAUCAUUCUUGUCUGAUAGAGAGCAAACUUACCCAAUGGUUGCAGCUGCAGGGGCCCAGAGGAUUUUGGGGACCGUAACCAAUGCCGGUUCGUUCGGAAGUGAUAUAUAUCGAGGACCAGUACUUCCAUCUUCGCCAGCCAUGGCUUUUUCGCCAGCUGCAACUGCAUUUUCUUAUGCUGGUUUUCCCUUUGGCUCCAGUUUUCCUUUGGUAUCUACAUCUUUCUCUGCUGGAUCAACAAACUAUGUUGAUUCUUCAUCUGGGGGACCAUACUUCCCUCCCAUCCCUUCUCCGCUUGUUGGAGCUGCAGGUGCUGUUUCAUCCCCUUAUGCCAGACCCUACAUGGUAAGUCUACCAGAAGGCAGUGCAGGUGGUGGAUCUGAUGGUAGUAGGAAAUGGGGGCGGCAAUGUCUAGAUCUCAAUGCAGGUCCGGGAACUGCAGAUGAAGUAAAAGACGACAGAGUGUCCUCAACAAGACAGCUUCAUGCUGCCAGCUCGCAGAGCUUCAUGGACGAGCAAGCAAGGCUAUAUCAAGUUGCAGGUGCUGUGUUAAAAAGGAAGGAACCAGAUGGCGGUUGGGAACCGGAAAGAUUCACUUUCAAGCAGCAGCCUUCAUGGCAGUAAUACCAGCGAUGAUAUUCGUCGGUGAUGGACGUGUGUGGUGAGCUACCAGCUAGAUUUUCUGUUCUCUCUCUCUUUUUGUUUUUUUUGGUUCUUCCCAUCACUCAAAAUAUGAUAGUGUUAAUGAUAUGUAUUUUAAUUCUAAUGCAUCUGGAUAAGUAAUACCUUGAAUUGCAGGCUCGGGAGUUUGCGGAUUGAAUCAAAAUUUUCUUUCUCACUAAGUUACACACACACUAGAUCAUAUCUGUCCUGGAGUUUGCCUCAAUGGUGUUAUUGGGCUCAUUCAGAUGGAAUCCUCGAUGUAAUUCUUGUAAAUGUUGAGAUACCAUGCUAUGCUAGAAACCAAUUUUUCAUGGAUCUGGUACUUUUUCUUUGUUUCCAUGCACCAAGCAAAAAACUCCAGCCAUGGUGAAGCUAGAGGAUGAGCUUCUACGACUGCCAUAGAGAAAGGUAACCGAAUUAAUUCUCCGAUUUCUCUUGGCCUCUUCCCAACUGUGACUGUAUUCCGAAGGUAUUCUGAACUGUACCUGGAGAUUAGGUGUUCUUUGUAGAUAUGUGACUUUAACAUGCUUGUUUGAGUUUCUUUUCUCCAGAAACUUUUAACUUGCCAACAAUGGCAAAUGCUGUUUUGGUACAUAUGCUUUCCAUCUGGAACACCCUCAAUGGCACAGAACUUACUUGACUGGAUCAUAUUGUAUGCACUGUGCUAAGAACAUAAGAAUAUUGUUUGUAUUUAUAGUUUAGAUUCCCUUCCCUGCUAAAUUUUGUCUCUCUCUCUCUCUCUCUCUCUCUCUCGUUUGUGUGUCGAUAUGAACAGAGAACCCAUGCUCACCUUUUCUGAAGAAUUACUCGUAUUUUCAGCU